AUGAUGUUUACUAUAUUGAGGGACAAUAUUCCAAAAAGAAGUUGCACUCCAACGUUGGAGGUGAGGUCGGAAUUGAAAAAGAAUAAAUUGAAGUUGAUUGGAAGGUUCGAAGAGGAUGAAAUGUGCGAAAUGAGGUAGGAAAUUUCAUAAAUAAUUUUUUAAAGUUUUUACAAAAUCAAGAGGGGAUUUGACUUAUAGUAAUUUCGAUGAUAGUGACAUUUUAUACGACUGAUUUUUUAUUGACAAAAGAAAACUAAGAUUUUUAUGAAAUGGGGUAAAAAUUGAGGCAACACAAUAUUCAAGACAUCCCCGAGAUUUGUAGCUCCCAAACUCAUCGAAUUUUUUUGGUUGGCAGUUGCAGAAAAUUCAAAAAUUUUUAACAGGGGAAGUACUCCAAGUGCGACGCUCAGAUUUUGAUGAAACUUGGCACAAAUUUAGAAUAAUUUUUUCUAAGAUAUGCGAGAAUCUAAGCUCGCGCUUUGCAGACACAACCGAGAUUUUUAGAUCAAAAGUCGGCGAAAAUUUAGGAGUUUUUGCCGAAUUUCGGCACGAAAAGUUUCAUGCCUAUUUCAACCGUAAAGGAUAAUGUUUCUGCAAAAAAUCAAAUUUUUCCGCACGAAACUGCCAAAGUUAUGGCCAAAAAGCGCUUUUUUCUCUGACCGCUCUCCACGUUGAGCGUGCUCUCUCGGCGGCAAAAAUCGUUCGAUAUCUCGGCGGCGCCCGCAAAGCGCGAGCUAAAACUUUCAGGAAUUGAUAUUUAGUCCAUACUCGACGUGUGUGCAAAAUUUAAGGAAAAUCUGAGCGUCGCCCUAGAAGUACUUCCCCUGUAAGUUUAUAGAAAAAAUCUUCCAUACUUUUUGCGAUGACUAGUAUCGCUAUGACGGCCAUACUUCACCAAUCACGAAUUUGUCUGAGAUGCGAAGAAUUUGCUUUACAGAUGUGUGAACCAAACCAAAUUCGGCUAUCAAAGCAUCGGUCACUGGGCCGAGCUUAUGGCCGAUGACGUCAUUGAGACUUUUUGUGACAAUAUUGAGGUGAGAUGCGCCAUAAAUGCAACGGAAACAUAUCAUUACUUACAUUAUCAAUUGGUAAAAAAGUAAGUGAAAGGUUUAUUGGCGUGGGAAAUUAAAAAUCAUCUGUUGAAAUUUUCGUAUUUCAGGCCAAAAAAAUUGCCGCCAUACAUGAACUCGACAGAUGACGUACCGUCGAAGUCACGUCCAAAUUUGCAUGUAAUGCUGCUGGAUUCGGUGGCGCUCCCUCAUUUUCUCAGAGCGAUGCCGCGAACUUUCAAAUAUUUGAAAAGUUCGCUGAGCUCGUAUUUAUUUACUUACAACAACAAGGCCGGGUUGAACAGCAUUCCAAACGGGUUUGUUUUGUACAUGGACAAAUUAGUCGAAGCUGCAAAAGCAGAUCCGCUGGGGAAGAAGCUGCCAUCGGGAAAGAUGAGGGAAUUGAAUCCCUGCGGAAGGAACACUAGUUAUUUGGCCAGGUAAGGGCGGGUUUAUUGAAAGUAGACACAAAAAAUAUUUUCUAAAAAUGUUGGAUUUAAGGGUUUCCGAGGGUGCUGGUCUCGAAAAUUAUGUUAACUUUUCCUCUAGUACUAAAUAGUAUUAUCUGAUACUAUCCAAAAAAAUUACUAGUUUACAGUACUACUUAAGAAAAAAGUAACAACCAGAGAAAAUGAACAUGAUUUUCGAAAUCAGCAUCCUCGAAAACCCCUAAACCGAGUAUUUAUGAAAAAAAAUCAAAAAUUGCUACUUUACAGUACUACUUAAGGAAAAAAGUAAGAAUCAAAAAAAUGAUUGUCAUUUUCGAAAUCAGCACCCUCGAUUAUCCUAAUUUUGGCACUUGCAUUCGCAGAAAAAUUAUACGCAGCAUGACACAAGAUCUAACAAGUGUUAGUUUGCUCCCAUUUUUGCGGACUUUGUUGCGGGCAACUGAGUCAACAUUAAAACAAAUUUUCGACUGAAUUUUCGAGAUUCUUCGUGAUCGAGAAACAACAGCAGGCUUCAUUAACUUCUUUUAGGUUCUUCAAAGAAAACGGGUACAGAACUCUGCUGAAUGAGGACUGGUCAAUUGAAAUCCAUAAGAAUUGCAAGGCCCAGCAGGAGAGUUAUAUCGACGAGUUCUUCAAGUAAGCGAAAAACAAUGUCAGCGUGUUGAGAUGCGCUGAAAAAAUGAUAAAAAUUGGGACAGAAAAGAUUUUUUGAGCGCCGGAAAUUGGAUAUUGAAUAUCAAUACUUUUGUAAAUUUUUCAGUUCCUACUUUAAUCAUAAAUGCCAAAUCUGGCCACAUUUCUUUGCAACGGAAAGAUUGGGACCGGGUGGUCGAUCCCACUUCCAUUCCAACCUUUGGGAGCCCCACUGUCAUGAGCGGCAUCUGCAGCAAUUCGAUUAUCUCGAGCAAUUCAUGGAGAUGUAUAAAGAUGAGCCGAUUGCCACUUUUAGUUGGCUCACCUAUCUUGUUCAUGACUGGAGGGGAGAUCUCUUUGGAUAUGAUCUCGAUUUCCUGCAAUUCUUCGAAAGGAUCACGCCGAAGGUAACGGAAUUACAAAAUUUUUGUUGCCCUGCAGUUGGGGAUUUGUAUAUCUUUGCUAUCAUGAUUUUUAAACCUUCUGUAGCUGGCUUCCAGCGCUGACUAAAGUUCAAGAGUUCAAACUUUUACUGCUUGAUGCUUUGUUUGCUGAUUUCACAAAAACGGGUGCAGAAUUCGCUUAAACAGAGUUUGCUUAGACGCCAGCUUGAAGCGAGUACGUAGGAGAAGGCAGCUGAGCAAAUUCAGGUGUGACAAACGAUCGCAAUUCCUUCCUGCCUUACAGUAGAUAAAUUUCUUUGUUCUAGAAGACUCUUACACACAAUGAAUCUAAAUUUUCAGCUUUCAAAUUCGCAUUUCAUUUUGUUGGCCGACCAUGGGAACCGUUUGUAUGAGGAACGGACAUUCCGAUUGGAUCGACUGGAAGAUAAUAACCCUUUACUGCUCUACAUUCCUCCACAGAAUUUGCUAAAAAACGAGGAAUUUAAAAAUCGACUGAAUGAGAAUAGUCGGCAAUUAGUUACGCCAUAUGAUACCUACGCAACGUUGAAGGACAUUGCGUUGGUAAGCAUGGAACUUUGCGAUUUUCGAAGUGAAUGUUCGCUUUGUUACGAUAAAAAUUUUAGCACGGGCAUCUUUUCGAUGACAAGUACAACUUUUCAUCACCCCCUCCCGCUGGCAUCUCCGAUAAUACCGGUUCAAGCUGGCUUCGCCCGCUGAAGCAGCCUCGAAACUGCGAUUCCCUUCACAUUCCCUAUCAAUAUUGUCUUUGCAAAUCUUCCAGCGAGGCACAGAAUAUUACCGACGACUUCAAAUUCAAGCUGGCCGAGACCUGCAUCCAGAAGAUGAACAAAGAAUUGAAGAGCAAUCCAAAAGUCGCGGCCCUUUGCGAGAACUUAUCAGUCGAUCGAAGCUAUAAACCGGUGGUUCAGAAACAUGGUGACAAAGGAGCUGUGUAUCGUGUGGACUUUAAAACGACGCCAGGAGGCGGACUCUACGAUGGCUAUGUUCAGGUAGGCAGCUAAUUUUUGGAGGCCUUUCUUGCCAGCUGAUCGCAUGCCCUUUCAUUAAUAAUAAAGUAUAUUUUAAUGAAGUAGACACUUCUUAUAGGUGCUCCCCAAUGGAAAACAUAAAGUAAUAUCACAGACAUUGCCGCGUCGCAAUUCCUAUGGAUCUCAAAGUCAGUGUCUCAUAAUACUCUUCAAAGCUUAUACGUUUAUCGAAAACUAUUGUGUUUGUAAAAACCGUUGAAAUAAAUAUUCUCAAAGAAUUAACGAUCCGCCGACUCUCCGAGUGAAUAUGAAAGCGAAAGUGGAGUUGAUAAUAAAGUGACCGUUAUAUCAAUAUUCAUGGCCGAAGUAAUCGAAUAAAAGAGGGGUCAUUUUACGAGGCUUUCUUUUAGAUCAAUGUCAUCUGGCCACUCGGUAUUGAAGUAUCAAAUUUUCGUAUGUUUCGGCUGCUUCAAUGCGUACUCCUUGUCAUUGCCAUAGGUAAGCGAAUUCCACUAAUACAUCUGUCGAAAGUGUUGUGAUGAAAUCUGUCUUUACAGGUCUUCAUUUUUCAUCAUGGAAUCACAUUUAUGCGGCUCCAGCAAAGAAGCAUCCAACUUAUCGAAAUCUCUAUCAUCCAGUAGCUGACGUCCCAAAGGAACCUCUACAUCCGUGCCUUUGUCAUCUGCAAAACUUUAGAAUCGAAUUUACCAUACAUCUAAGUCUUGACCGUCUAUUCAACAGAGCCGAACACGAAUACACCAAAACUAGUUUCAUAGAACGUCCAAAGAUUAAUCUGGAGCAUUCAAUAAGCUAUGAAGAGCCAAAAAAUGCAGACAAUACGCUUGAAAAUACAAUACAAAAUCAGCCACAGUGGGAGCAGUACAACAUCAAGAGGCAAGAGGAAACUGUAGAUAAUUUGGCCUCGGAGAAUUACAAAUUACGCAAGAAGUUUGUUGGAUAUAAAGCGUUGGAAGAGAAGAUGAAACCACAAGGAAUUUUGAACACAUAUGAAUCGAGGAAAGGUAAGUGAUCCCUUGGAGGUAUAGUAAUCUUUACUAAUGUUCUAGACUUCCAUCGGAAAGAUCAAGCGGUUCUUCAAACGCCGCAAAUAACAAUUGAAAAACUCACAAAAUACUAA